CGCGGGUCACGUGACUCGUGGCUGCGAUCGAUCGCGACGGAGAAGAUGGCGGCGGAGAGGGAGCCUCCUCCGUUCGGAGAUGGGGACCUGGAGGGCGAGGAGGAGGAGGACGCGGACGCCGAGGCCGAGGCCGAGUUCAGGGAGCUGGAGGCCAGCGAGGAUCUCUUCGUCAGCACCACCAGCACCUUGGAGUCUAGUCCUUCUUCUCCUGAUCCUGCAAGUCUUCCAGCCGAAGAUAUAAGUGUAAAGUCAAAUGGUCCCAAAUCUGAAAUUUUAGUGGAUGAUGACCACGAAGACCUCUUUGCUGAAGCUACAGAAGAGGUGUCUCUUGACAGUCCCGAAAAAGAUUACCUAAAUUCUCCAGAACCAACUCCUGCUAUUACCCCAGUAUCUCCAACACCAAUUGCACCACGAGCUGAAUUAAAAAUGUCUCAUCCAAAGAUGUUUGAAGUAUCCAAGGAGGAGCUCGAGGAAGAGGCAAACGGAGAUGUGUUUGACAUUCAAGUGUCAGUUUCUGACCCUGAAAAAGUUGGUGAUGGAAUGAAUGCCUACAUGGCUUACAGUGUGUCAACUAAGACUACUUUAUCCAUGUUCAACAGCAAAGAAUUUGCAGUCAAAAGAAGAUUUAGUGACUUUCUGGGUCUGCAUAGCAAAUUGGCUUCAAAGUAUAUACAUGUGGGCUACAUUGUACCUCCUGCACCAGAAAAGAGCCUUGUGGGCAUGACCAAAGUUAAAGUUGGAAAAGAAGACCCAUCAUCAGCUGAUUUUGUGGAAAAAAGGAGGGCAUCAUUGGAGAGGUAUCUGCAACGCACAAUAAAGCAUCCAACGUUGUUGCAAGAUCCAGAUUUGCGGCAAUUUUUGGAAAGCACUGAGCUGCCUCGUGCGGUUAGCACCCAGGCUCUAAGUGGUGCGGGCAUAUUGAGGAUGGUGAACAAAGCCGCUGAUGCUGUCAACAAAAUGACAAUCAAGAUGAAUGAAUCGGAUGCAUGGUUUGAGGAAAAGCAGCAGCAAUUUGAAAACCUGGACCAGCAGUUAAGAAAACUACAAAACAGUGUCGAUCUUUUGGUCUGCCAUAGAAAAGAACUCUCAGUCAACACUGCUGCCUUUGCCAAGAGUGCAGCCAUGUUGGGUAACUCUGAGGAUCACACUGCCCUCUCGAGAGCACUUUCACAGCUAGCAGAAGUUGAAGAGAAGAUAGACCAGCUUCACCAAGAACAAGCAAAUGCUGACUUCUACUUAUUUGCUGAACUUUUAAGUGAUUAUGUUCGACUCAUCACAUCUGUAAAGGGUGUUUUUGAUUAUCGAAUGAAAUGUUGGCAGAAAUGGCAGGAUGCACAGGCCACCUUGCAAAAGAAAAGGGAAGCUGAUGCCAAACUUCAGUAUGCAAAUAAACCUGACAAAUUACAGCAAGCUAAAGAGGAGAUAAGAGAAUGGGAGGCAAGAGUUCAACAAGGGGAAAGGGAUUUUGAACAAAUCUCAAAAACAAUUCGCAAGGAAGUAGGCAGAUUUGAGAAAGAGAGGGUAAAGGAUUUCAAAUCUGUUAUAAUCAAAUACCUUGAAUCUUUAGUACAUACGCAGCAACAAUUAAUUAAGUACUGGGAGGCAUUUCUGCCAGAAGCCAAAGCAAUAGCAUGAAAUUCCAAUGAAAUGAAACGUGGCCUGUCUCUUGUUUACAACUGGUUCCGAACUCGGCACUGACAACAAUUCCAACAUAACCACUAUAUAUAUUUUAAAUUGUAAUACGGCAUUACAAAAGUGGUUUAAUAAGUUCCUCUUGCAUUUUGUCAACCAACUGCAUGGCCUAAUCCAAUCAGAAUGAACUGGAUUGUGGAAUGAAAUUCUGCAGUAGUUGCUGAAUUGAACACUACUGUGCAGCUUAAUGUUUGCCGUGAAGUGAAUUGUCAGUGCUGGAACAGAUUUUGCUGUAAUAACACUUUCAUUCUUAAGAGAUCUAUUACUGAAUUUUCAUAUAACUAAUUGUAAAUUGUGAAACAUAAAUUCAGCAUUCCUGUAUAGAAAUCAUGAAUUUUGAUCUUUGUUACUAUAAUAAAGGGAUAUACUUCA